UGUUGAAAAUGAUAAGCUUUGUUAUAGAGGCUUUUGUAUUGUACGCUAAGUCUAUUUUAAAGUAUGGUGUUAAGGUUUUUGUUUUCCAACAAACAAUAUUGUGAGCACAGCUGUUGAGGGACUAAAAUAAAUUGUGUGUGCAUUUCGUAGCAUGUGUCCAAAGUAGACCCUACCAGCAUCUUAAUUUACGUUAGGCUGACACCAUUGUUGCUAUUUGUCUCUUGUUUGUUUUUGUGUUUAUCUGUUACUGUCUAUUAGCAACACUCCAAAAGUAAACAAUAUUUACUUAUAAAGCUGUUAAAGAAAAUAUGUAUGUAACCUAGAAGUCAACAUAAAUGUGAUCAAUGUGUUUCUAAGCUGGCUCUGGAUUAUGUGAUUUCAAAGACAGAUAACUUGUCAAAUAUCCUUUAUGACAAAUAACAAAACUAACCAAGUUAUGUUUUCUUUUUUUUUUCAGGUUCACUUUAUUCAUUUGAAUGCCAAUAGAAGCUAUUCUUUCUUAUUCCAUAAACAUGAGAAUUAAAAAAACUACAUGGACUACAUGUGAGACAGACAUAUAUUACUAGAAGAUUUCCAAGAGGAAUGCCUCACACAUUGAUUUUGUUGUCUCCCCUUGCCAAGAGGGGAGGGAACUAUUGUACAAUCAAAAGAAUAAGAAAUCAUCUCAAGUCUAUUGGCUACAAGUGCCAUCUGGAGGACCCUAAACUGUUUCAGAACCAUGAUGAGUUUGUUCGCAUGGUGGAUGAAGAUAAUAUUGGAAUACUGAUCGGAAUACAUGCUCUUAGAACUGGAGCUUUUAUGAAAGAGAGUAACCUGCCUUACAUCGUCAUCCUUGGCGGCACAGACAUCAAUGAGUUCAGCAAAGACUCCCACUCCCUUGACAUCAUGACUGAGGUGAUCACAAAAGCCAAGUUUGUGGUGUGUUUUAGUUCAACUAUACGAGACAAGGCUCUAGCGCUAUGGCCAAAUAUCUCACUGUCCAAACUUGCCCUCAUUCCACAAGCUGUCCAUACCUGUGUGUCUAGUUUCAACUUGAUGAGUUACUUGUUCAGUCAACCAGAAGUCAAUAGUCUGAUGACCUCUUCCUUUCAAAAACCUGUAGUCUUCUCAUUGAUUGGAGGAAUUAGGCCAGUGAAGAACUCAACUUACCUAAUUCCUACUUUUCAAGAAUGGCAUGCAAGAGAUAAAAGAAUUUUGUUGCUGAUUGUGGGACCAAAGUUAGAUGAACACUACUGUUCUACUGUGUUUGAACCAGCUGUAAACAAGAGACCAGGAGUUGUGUACAUUCCAGGACUUCCAAUGGAAGACACCCAUGCCAUCAUGUCACAGUCAUUUGCUGUAGUCAAUAGCUCAGAUAGUGAAGGGAUGUGUCUAGCCAUACUUGAGGCUAUGCACAUUGGUGUACCAGUCCUUGCAAGAAAUAUACCAGGCAAUAAAGCAAUAGUACAGGAUGGUGUCACAGGUCUUUUGUAUGAUUCACCUCAGGAAUUCAUAGAGAAGGCCGAAUCUCUGACACAGUGUCCAGAUGCUUAUGUCACUCUGACGAAAAAUGCUAAGGAGUAUGUGCACACUUACCACAACCUGGAAGACGAGAGAAAAAAAUAUGUCUCUCUGGUGGAGUGUUGUAUAAAAGAUAUCCUGGCCAGCAUCUCAAGUGUUGCCAAGUCUGUCCCUGUACAUGGUGAUAUAACUGCAUGACGACAUAGCUAGGAUCUUUAAUGGUUACAGCUACUGACAAAACUUGACCCAGAAUGUAGAUUGCACAGAAUAUACAUUGUAUUUGUUAACAGCAGACUAAAUUGUUACAUCUGGAACUUUCAGAUAUUACAUAAUGCCAAAAAUCACACUUUUUAACCUUCAUCCCCGUUCUUACAAAUUGUAAUAAAACUCAAUUUCCACAACAAGAAAAUUCUAAUUUUACUAAAGAUUUAUUUAUUAAUUAUCAUUUUCCCAAAUUACAUUUUUCAACAUGGUAUUAAUAGAAGCUUUUGAUAAUGAUAUAUCCACCAAUUAGCAUCUGGAAAGUUUGGCGUUGAUGUAUUCAGUGUGUUUUCCCAUACACUGUACACAUACAUCAGAUGGUGCCAGAAAAGUCGGGAGUACCGUAUUCAUAAAAACCACAGAGUAUUUUUUCCAUUAUUUUUUUUUAAACCUAUAGAAUAGCCUUUACAUGAGGGUUGGAUCUGCAAACGUCAAGGGACUAUUGUACUUGUUGGUUUUUUUUUUGGAAUAAUUUUUGUUCUGUUAUAUAACAAAUUUUCAGACCCCCCAACUUCCCUCCUAUUAACAAAUCACAACAAAUUUCUUUACCCCUCUCUCCCCUUAGUUAUGUAAUGUCUGAAAGUUCUCAUAACUAAAUGUAAAAAAAAAAUUAUACCCCCCCCCCCCCC